UCUCCACCUGCUCCUCCCGGACACCUGGGUUCUCUGCUGCCGGCCUUGCCCUGACCCCAUAGCCCCCAAGCUGGCAGCAACAGGCAGUGUCCCCCCCUCCCCAGCCCAGUUCUCCUUUUUCGCACAUCACGCCCCCAGCACGUCCGCUCUGGCUGGGCCCAACCACGGGUGGGGGGUGGGGACGGGUGACCGUCUGGCGGCCGCUGGGUUCCUGGAAAAUAAACUCAGAGCCAGCGACAAGCAGACGGGGCCGGCGGGCGCUGCCUCCGCAGGUCCUGUCAUGGAGGCCAAUGUCUCCUCCGGUCUCUGGCUCACCAGCCCUGGUCCUUCUCCUGCCAAGGCCAAGCCUGACCUGAAUGCAGUCAUGGACCUAGUCCAGGUCGUCUUCUACAGCGUGGUCUGUGUGGGGGGCUCGCUGGGCAACGGGCUGGUGAUCUGGCUCACGGCUCGCCGGGCCGGCCGCUCCGUCAACUGCAUCUGGUUCCUCAACCUGGCAGUGGCCGACUUCAUCUUCUCGGUCAGCCGGGUGGUGCCGCUGGUGAAGAACGCCUUCUACCGCGGGCACUGGCCCUUCGGUGCCUUCCUCUGCCAGGCCACCAGCUUCAUCAAGUACCUUAACAUGUUUUGCAGUGUCUUCCUCUUGGCGGCCGUCAGCCUGGACCGCCUGGCAGCCGUGGCCUUUCCAGUGUGGUCCAAGAACCGCCGGGGCCCCCGCCUGGCGUGGGCGGCCGCUGCCGGGGCAUGGGGGGCGGCCGCCGCGGCCAGCCUGCCCUUCUACCUGUACCGCAGCCUGGUGCCGGAGGGGAGAACCAACAGCCUCAAGUGCUCCUUGACGCUGGGAGAAGGGCCCAAGCUGACGCUCUAUCUGCUCCGGCUGCUCUGCGGCUUCCUGGCCCCCUUCGCCAUCAUCCUGGCCUGCUAUGGGGCCUUAGCGGCCGUGCUGAGGCGGCGCCCGGCCACCGUCCGCUCCAGGAAGCCCUUCAAGGUCAUGGCGGCCAUUGUGGUGACCUUCUUCCUCUGCUGGGCCCCCUACCACCUCUUCCUCCUCCUCAAGCUGGCAGGCGUCAAGGGCCAGGCCAUGGCCGUGGGGCUGCCGCUCGCGUCCUCCCUGGCCUAUCUCAACAGCUGCGCCAACCCCGUCCUUUACUUCUUCAUGGGGCUGGAGUUCCGCCGGGCGCUGGGACGGACCAGCUUGGCCGGGGCCUUCCGCCGGGCCCUGCUGGAGGACACUGCCUACUCAGCCAGGUCCCACGGCCGCAGGAAGGAGGCAGCUUCCUCCAUUGACGGGCUGGCCCAGAGCUCGGUGUCCCCCAACCUGGCUUGAGAGACCCCGAGGAAGCGGGGCCUGUGAGGCCGAGGGAGGCAGGGACUGCGAGAGGUGGGUGCCCUGGCACGGACGGCAGUGGCGAAGAGAGCAGUACAGAGACAGAUGCCAAAGGAACCCUCAGCCAUCCCACUGCAAACACCAAUGUGCUUCUUCCUGACCUGAGACCUGCAGACGUCCCCAGAGCGGGGACAGCGGCAAAGAGACACACACACACACACACACACACACACACACACACACCCCGCGUCCCCCAACUCCAGCCUCUCUCCAUCCCAUUACCCUCACCAACAUGAGUGCAGCUGUCCUAGAACCAGACUCCUCCAUCCACCCCCAAAGCACUCAGGGGAAGAGCUCCACAAACACAGCCUCUGCCCACCCCCAACACACACAGCCCCCCGCAUGCACACACAGCCCCUCCCACGCCCAGCCACGAGGUAUCCCACCAGCCCCGCCAAUGUGCUAGAGAGACUUGUCUGUGGGUCUGCAGAACAGACAGCAGCUUGGGUAGCAGCGAAGAGUCCCACCCUACCUUCCCACCCCCCAAAUGCUCCCCCCACACACACACAGAUCCACCCCGUGAACACCCAUCCAUCCCACCUGCCCCACCAAUGUGCUUCUGAUUCCCUUAGGGAAUCCAGCCAGGGGGCCGGGUUGUUCCAAGGCAGUUUGGUCUGAGUCCUCACAAACUCAUACCAUGGAUCGUCCCAUUAAAACAACGGCUUCUCCUUGAACGUCUCUGGCCUGUUCGCUGCACGUGAACCCAGCCCCGAUGCGGGGGAGGGAGCCUGGCACCCCCCAGCGCAGGCCUGGCUCAGCCAGAGGCAAAGGGCUCCUUGUGACUCAGUGCUAUCGGCACAGGAGAGGUUGUGGUUAGAGUGGGGGCAGGGAGGCUCAGAGCCAGGACUCCUGGGUUCACUCCCCUAGUCUGGGAGGGGAGUGGUGUCUAGUGGUUAGAGCAGGGGGGGCUGGGAGCCAGAAGUCCUGAGCUUGCUCCCCAGGUCUGGGAGGCCCCACCAACCCUUGUGUGCCUGAGACACCACAGUCUGUGGGUCACAGCUGCCAGCCACACACCUCCCAGUCUAUCACCUGCUGCUUUGUGAUACACCUGGGACAGCAGCAGAGCUGCAGGGGGGA